AUUUACUGUGUAAUGGCCGUGUUAAUAUCAUCAGAUAACAUCGAUUCUGGUGAUAGGGACUUAGUGAGCUGAAUGGGUCAUUCUUUUGAAAAUACAACUGAGCAGGAUGGAAAAUGUAACAGAACCGGAGAGCUACGAAUGGCUACGAGGUGUAGAGACCCCUCUGCUGUGGAGACCCGCCAACCUGGAGGCACCACUGGCAGUCUACGACCACCUUUUGAGCCAGGAGAAUAGACUCGCUAGUCGUCACAAGGAGUUUACUUUCACUCAUUUUGUAGUAAAACUACUGCUUGGUUGUGAAUUGUUCGUGACGGAGAACAACGGCACCGCUGCUCUGCUGGAGCUGGAUCGAUUGGAACACGAGCUGAACAGAUUGGACAUAGUCAGCCACAACAUAUUCUAUAAGGAAGUGCGGAGGGCGCAAUGGCAUGUAACCUUGGCUUCGCGAGCCUUCUUGUUGGCGCGUCUGGGCAAACUUGAGGACUCCAAACAAAUAGUUGGAGAUAACUUUGACCCCGUAUCAACGUUUACCAACAUCGAGUUUGGCGGGUUAUAUGGAAUCAAGAGCCUAGCCUUCCUAGAGUACGGGGAACCAACCGAAGCUCUGAGAUGGGCCAAGGAUGCUAUUCACGUGAACCCUAGAGAACCUGAGUGGCACUUGCUCGCUGGCAGAGCGAUGGAAUCUCUUCGGAAGAAGUCGACUAGGUUCUCAGGAUUGCCCAAGGAAGAGAUAAACUACUUCAAAAAGGCAGUGGAUUUGAGUGACCGGACGAACUACGCACUGUAUCUGGCCAGAAUUUAUGAGCAAGCGAUACGAGCAACAGUUCAGCAUUACGCACAUGACACUACGUUCAAAAGCAGUCCGCUCUACCAGGAGAUUGGAAACCUUACUCGGACAACUGUUGAGCUUUACCGUAAAAUUCUCGAGAGCCAUAAAAAUUGCUCCGAGACGCAAAUACGCUGCUUGAAUGGAAUGCUGAAACUACCCAGGCAGUAUCUAAAUGAAGAUGAAAUGAAAACGAUCAUAGACAAAAUCUCCAAAGAAGCAAAUAAGAGCAAAAAAUUUUACAGUGCUGCAGCAAGUUUCUACCUCAAAAUUGAAAGGAGCAACAGAAAAGCACUAACGUUCUUCGAGAAGGGCAGCGACCAUGGAGACCACAGGUGUGCUAUGAACGCAUUAAGGCUGCGCGUGAAAAUGCGCCAAGACUUCGAUGUGGAGGGCAGCCUACUGUACCUGGUGAAACGGGCAGAAGACGAUCCUGUCUACCACGAAGAUGCACUCGUACAUCUCGGCUCGUUCUACCUCUUUAGGCAGCGUAACCUUGCCGACGCUAUGAACACCUUCUUACCUGUCAUAGAGAGAAACCCAACAAGCCACUUCAUGUCUAAUCAUGUGCCGAUGUUCCUGAGGACCAUUCAACCAAUGAACCUGUUUUCUAUCCUGCUGAAUGAGCUGAGAGUGGCAGAGGUAGAACCGGGAAUCACCCCACUUCACUCGCUGGUCAAGCUCAAAUUCAUGAGAAUACUCAAGAAAUAUCACAAACCAUUGACUCAAAAGAACGUUGAUAUACAUCUGAUAGACAAACUUUUCAGAGCUUCCGACAGCUUAGAUCCAAAUCACAGGCGCAUGUUGAAAAAAAGGAGAAUGCGCCUGCGUAAUACCUCUUUUGUACAUUAAAGACACUUAAAUGUCACUUAUAAAAUAUAUAAGAAACCCAAUUUACCUUAGAUUGUGGUAAAUAAAAU